AUGGUCAUGAGCCGCAGCGGGGACGGUCCUCAAAUAUCCUCCCGAGCUCGCCCGUUCGACACGAAGAACCCCAAACCACCCAAGAUGAUGGCCCCCAAGUUCUACAACUUCCUCGCCGUGGUGCUCAUGCUCCUCGGCCUCGCUGCCGCGCAGCAGAGCACCACCGCCAGCAGCAACAGCGCCCGCUCCACGUCGGUCGGUAGCACGGCCACCGGCGGCAAGGCCGCGACCACGACCGGCGCGUCCGCUACGGGCAGUGGCAAGGCGAGCGGCACCUCAGCCAGCGCGUCCGCCACCACCACCAAGAAGAGCGCCGGCAACAAGGCCGCCGACUCGACCCUCAUCACCGUCUCCCUCGCCGCUGGCCUCGUCGCCUUUGGCGUUGCCGUGUCCUAA